AAGAUGAUACAGCUUUUGUUUGCGCUUGUGUUGGCGGAAAUGGCUGUGAUUCUGACCCUUUUGUUCAGAACCCCAGUAAGGAAGUUGGUGAUGAAGGGGUUGGACCGGUCGAAGCAGGGAAGGGGUCUAUUGGUGGCAAAGACCGUGACAGGAACAAUGAUCAUGCUCUUUAGCUCCACCGUACAUAGUGUGAUGAAAAUCCAGAAACGACGUUCAACCGAAGCCGGCAUGCUUAAUCCAACGGAUGAGGUUCUUAUGGCACGUCGUCAUCUGGAAGCGUCUCUUGUAGGAUUCUCCCUAUUCCUUGCACUAGUGAUAGACAGACUACAUUAUUAUAUUCAAGAACUCAAUCUACUGAGGAUCGGCUUGCUUUUUGUCCUCGUGCUAACAAGUUAAACCAGGAUUAUAGCAAAAAGCAGGGGAUCCGAUGGAGAAGACCUAGAAGACAUAGAUGAUUCAUGUGUGUUCAUUCAUAAAAUGAUUUAUAUGUAAUUUAUCUGAAUUGGUAGAUGA